AUGGUCAGUUUUGAAGCCUCACUUCCAAGUGUGAUCUGUGCUAUGGCAGCAACCUACAGGCUUAUGGUCACUUCUGUGAACUGCUACAGCAGUGUGGUGAUAGACCAGCACUUCCAGCGUACCGUGCAUUACUGCACAGGGACUUGCCAAGUCUUUAAGCAAGGAGUUACAUGCAUAGUUGCCCACCACAGUGUCUGUGCAGAGCUCAGUGUCCAAGAUGCCAACCCAGACCAGAAAAUUCCUGUUCCUGAAAAUGGACUUGCCUUGCCUGGAAAUGAAGACUAUCAUCAAAUCCUCCCAAAUAAUCCCAGAAUCAAAAAGGGCUCUUCAGUGCAAGCCUGCAACAGCUUAAAAGACAUUACUGGUGAGGCCAUAAACCUUGCCAGUGGUAAAAUAAAGGAAUUCUCCUUUGAAAAGCUCAAAAACUCUUCCAGUCAUGUGGCCUACAGAAAGGGAAGGAAAGUUCGGUCAGAGUCGUUCAUCAGACGAUCAUUUGAUUUUGACUUGAUUUAUGGGCACUUCAACAAUGAUGAGAACUGCCCUCCGUGUGGCUUUUUGCAGAGUCCCUCACCUGCGGAUAAAUGGCAGGAGAGCAAUGAUGCUCCAGAAGUCUCAGUGGACCCCAUGGUUCCCUUCUCCCCUCAUUCCUUCUCUGAAGAAAACUUCAUAACCCAGAUUUUGGAAAAACACAAGCUAGAUGGUUCUUCUGGUGGAGAUAUUAAGGUGUGCUUAGACAUCUUGCUCAAGUGCUCAGAGGAUCUGAAAAAGUGCACAGAUAUAAUAAAGCAUUGCAUCAAAAAGAAGUCUGCAGACAGUGGAGGGAACAGCAGUGAUUCCCUGACUAACUCAGAAAUGAUAUAUAUGAAUCUGAUGACAAGAUUUUCUUCAUACCUGAAGAAGCUACCCUUUGAGCUCAAGCCACCAGGACACAAGGAAGCUAGUGACUUGGCAGAGCUAGUGAACUGUUUUCAUGGCUUGCAGCAAACUCCCUUUCCCCCAGCAUUUGGAGAUGAGCAGCCACCUAGGUAUGAAGAUAUCAUUCAGCUGCCAUCCUCAAAUGCAGUUCCUCUGGGCCUACCAGGUGAUCAGUGUGAGGUGACAAGCCCCUCUCAGUCCAUCCAAACAAGCACUGUGAGCUUUACCUCAAACUCCCUUCCCACCAACCCACUGGAGAAGAGCGUGAGAGCUGUGAAAGGUGCUUGUAUCCUACCUCAGUUCCCAGCCACAAGCCCUUCUGACUGCACGUCUUCCAGCGAGGCUCUGUACAUUGUGGAGGAGUCUGAUGGGGAAAGGACACUGGGCAAAAUAAAGGUGGCAGAGCAGAAAGGGGGCUGGGAGAGCUCAGAGCGCAGCUACCAGCUGGUUGGUUCUUCAGAUCUGACUGCCAGUGCUAAAGCAGAAUGUGCCAGGGUGGGAGACACUGAGCUCUCCCAUGCUGCCCAGAAAGUUACUCCUUUAAAACCAGUCUCAGAUGCUGCAUUGUGUGGUUCCCGAGCUGAUGUCUCCAAAGGAGAACAGCUGUGCAGGAAGGCAGACAAGGAGGAGAUAGACAAACUGCUGCUGGACUUGGAGUGCUUCUCACAGAAAAUGGAGAGCACCUUAAGGGAACCCUCGCUGAAGGAGAGUGAACCUGCCCGUCUGCAGGUGUUUGGCUGGCAGGGUAGGCAGGUACUACCUCUGGCUGUUGAACCCAAAAGCAAACCUGUUGAUCCCACUUCCCCUUUGUCAAAAAUCAUGGACAUGAAUGGUCAUAAAAUGGAAGAGGAUGACAAAGCCCUUUUAUUGCGUAUCCUGGGAAGCAUUGAGGACUUUGCCCAGGAACUGGUGGAAUUCCAGACAGGCAAGGGAAGCUUGUCCAAGGAGAAGGAAGUGAUGCAGAUUCUUCAGGAAACGUUAACAACUCCUUCACAGUCCCUCAUUGCAGGGCAAAAACGCUAUGCUGGGGCUGCCUCCAGAGACUCUGUUCCAGCUUCAAUUCAGCAGGCCCCAGAGGUGAUUAAGGUUCAAAGUAAACAAGAGAAGAAACCUGGAAGUUCACCCCCAGUCCCUUUGAGCUCUGCAGUCAGUUCUUGCACUCUUCUGCCUGUGAAUAAAGCCACCAGCAGUACCCCUUUGUCUAUAAACAUUCCACGUUUCUACUUCCCUAAAGGACUUCCAAAUGUCUGUGCUAAUCAUGAGGAGGUCGUUGCCAGGAUUGAAGAAGCUUUUUCAGAGUUUGAAGAAGAGAAAGCAAACAUCUAUGAAAUGGGGAAAAUUGCAAAGGUGUGUGGUUGCCCACUCUACUGGAAAGCACCAAUGUUCAAUGCAUCAGGAGGAGAAAGGACAGGAUGUGUGUCUGUACACUCAUUUGUAUCUAUGUGGAGAAAAGUCCUUCAUAACUGCCACGAUGAUGCAUCCAGGUUCACACACCUUCUAGCAAAGCCUGGCUGUGACUACCUAGAGCAGGAGGACUUCAUCCCUCUCCUUCAGGAUGUGGUGGAGACGCAUCCUGGCCUGACGUUCCUGAAGGACGCUCCGGAGUUCCACUCCCGGUACAUCACGACGGUGAUACAGAGAAUAUUCUACACAGUCAAUCGAUCCUGGUCUGGGAAGAUCACUCUGACUGAGCUGAGGAAAAGCAACUUCUUGCAGACUCUUGCUCUCUUGGAAGAAGAAGAUGACAUCAAUCAGAUCACAGAUUAUUUUUCCUACGAGCACUUCUAUGUCAUAUACUGUAAAUUCUGGGAGCUGGACACUGACCAUGAUCUUUACAUCAGCCAGAAGGACCUGGCUAGGUACAGUGAUCAAGCUUUAUCAACCAGGAUCAUUGAGCGGAUAUUCAGCGGUGCUGUGGUGAGAGGCAAUGCAGUUCAGAGGGAAGGCCGCAUGAGUUACGCUGAUUUCGUGUGGCUCCUGAUUUCAGAGGAAGACAAAAGGAGCCCUACAAGCAUUGAGUACUGGUUUCGGUGCAUGGACCUGGAUGGGGAUGGAGUCCUCUCCAUGUAUGAGCUGGAGCACUUCUAUGAGGAGCAGUGUGAGCGGAUGGAAGUGAUGGGCAUAGAGCCACUGCCUUUCCAUGACUUGCUGUGUCAGAUGCUUGAUCUUGUAAAGCCAGAGAGGGAAGGAAGAGUAACCCUACGAGACCUGAAGAGGUGCAGAAUGGCUCAUGUCUUCUACAACACCUUCUUCAAUUUAGAGAAAUACCUGGACAAUGAACAGAGGGAUCCCUUUGCAGUGCAGAAGGACAUGGACAACGACAGCCCUGAGCCCUCAGACUGGGACAGAUUUGCUGCUGAGGAGUAUGAGAUCCUGGUGGCUGAGGAGUCUGGGAACGAGCAGCUACAGGAGGGAUCAUUUGAAGAAGACUAUGACACAGAUGAAGUCUUACCUCCCUCUGAAACUGGAGACAAGUCAGAUAAACUAGUUAUCUCAGAUCUCUCAGCAUAGAGAAAUGGAAGACACUGCUCAGUAUCUUUCAAACUGGAUAGCUUUCAGUUCCAAGAGACUGAGGGAUUUUUCUUAAACCCAUCCUUGGAGCAAUGUGCUUUGUUUUGUACACUGUUACCUGAGAACCCUUUUUCUCUUCCUGUGUAAUUGCAAUAAGGUCAUUUCUAUAAAAAAGGCUUUUUACAAUGUGUUAUUGUGCACGCUCAUUAAAAAUGGUGAUUGCACCUUGUUUUGUUUCUAGAUCAAUGAUGUCCCCAGAUGUGCAAUAAAUGCCCAGCAUCACUGAUGAGCUGUAA